GUUACACCAUCUUAUAAUAUUUCCGGUUAGAGAGAGAAAAGAAAAAGGAAAGUAAGAGAAGAGGAGAAGUAAGGAAAAAUGGUUGGACAAGCCUACGAUACCAAGAACUCCAUUUCUGCUACUAAUCCCACCAAGAAAGUUGGUCUCUCCCCAGAUUCCAUUAUCAAUCUCGAUCAAGGAGAUCCGACAAUUUUUGAGUCGUAUUGGAGGAAGAUGGGUGACAAGUGUACGACGAAGAUUUCAGGUACUGACUGUAUGAGCUACUUCAGUGAUGUUGGGAACUUAUGCUGGUUUCUGGAGCCACAGCUCUCCGAUGCGAUCAAGGGGCUGCAUCGUACAGUUUGUAAUGCAGUAACAGAAGAUCGAUACAUGGUGGUGGGGACUGGCUCAACACAGCUGUUUCAGGCUGCGCUUUACGCUCUCAGUUCUCCUAGUGGGAACGAAAGCAUCAGUGUUGUGUGCGCUGCCCCCUACUACUCGUCAUACAAGGAGGAGACAGAAUUCCUGCAAUCAGGGCUCUAUAAGUGGGCUGGCGAUGCAUCUGCCUUUGAUAAGGAUGGACCUUACAUUGAGGUUGUCACCUCACCAAACAAUCCUGAUGGUGCUAUCCGAGAAGCUGUGGUGAACAGAGAGGAAGGCAAACUUAUCCAUGAUCUUGCCUAUUACUGGCCACAAUACACACCCAUUACUUGCCCAGCAGAUUAUGAUAUCAUGCUGUUUACAUUUUCCAAAAGCACUGGACAUGCUGGUUCCCGAAUUGGAUGGGCUCUGGUUAAGGAUAAAGUGGUGGCCAGGAAGAUGACUAAAUUCAUAGAGGUUAGCUCCAUUGGCGUGUCUAAAGAAUCGCAGCUCCGAGCGGCAAAGAUCCUGGGAGUUCUUAUUGAAAACUGCAAGCAUUUUGGGACCGCUGAUUCCAAUAGCUUCUUCGGGUAUAGCCAGGGCCUCAUGACCAAAAGAUGGGAGAAAUUGCGAGAUGUUGUUAAAAACAGUCAAAUUUUCAGUCUGCCAAAGUACCCAAAAGAGUGGUGCAACUUCACUGGAAAGUACACAGAAUCACAUCCUGGUUUUGCAUGGUUGAAGUGCAAGGAGGAGACAGACUUUGAAAUUCUAUUAAGAUCACAAAAGAUAUUGACAAGGGGUGGGGAGCGUUUCGGAGUUGGUCGACAGUACGUCAGGAUCAGCUUGCUCAGUCAAGAAGAAGCAUUUAACCUUUUUCUGGAGAGAUUAUCAGCAAUCAAAGGGCAAGGCAUUAUCAGUGACGAAAAUCCUUUGUAACGAGUCAUAUGGCACACCUGACAGAGCAGGGACUUAGAACCACCUAAACUUUAGACAUAUUAAGAGGGCAUAGUAGUUUUAUCCUUAUUGUUUGUAACACCAAGGAUGAUAAUUGUAGCUUAGAUUCAUCCAUCAGGAUGUUAUGCCCAUUUCAUUUGCAGCUUUUGAGUUAUGUGGGUAAUAAAUAGAGCUUAAAGGGUAAGUUUGAAUCUGUGUAAACAAAGUAAUUCCUGACAGGAUUUACUAUUUUAUCCGAUAAAAAACUGUU